CGCAACUCCUGUUUGCAGGUUCACCCUCGUCUCAUGAGUCUCAUCCCCAGCAACGAUAUCGAUCCUGGAUUAACAGUCGUCAAUUACUCAGCGGAGAUUGAGAGUGAGGUCGACGCCAUUUACAAGCACAUGUAUGAUGAACAGACAUCUAUCGACGAAGUCAUCACCCUUCUCCAACGCAGCGAAGUUUCGUCUGAUACUUGUGACCACGAUAUUUUCUCCUGCAUGCUUCACUUCCUCUUCGGCGAAUACAAGUUCUUCCAAUCAUACUACCCCGCUUGCGAGCUUGCCAUGACCGGAUAUCUAUUUGGCUCCAUCAUUCAUCAUGAUCUCGUGGAUUCAGUUCCUCUCGGAAUUGCCAUCCGUUACGUUGUCGACGCCCUCAACUGUCCCCCCGACACCAAUCUUUUUAAGUUUGGUCUCCAAGCCCUCUCUCGCUUUGAAUCCCGCCUUGCUGAAUGGCAGCCUCUGUGUCAGGCUCUUCUCAGAAUCCCCCAUCUUAUGGAGGUUCGGCCCGAUCUGGCAGCCGUCAUUCACCAUGCCAUCGCUGUUGGUGGCGACGGAUCACGCAGUAAUGUUGAUAUGCGCGGAAUCUCUGCUGGUCUUACGGCUGACCCUGCGCCUGUGUUUACCUCCAUCCACCCCGACAAGUUUGAUGCCGAGAUCGUCGAGCCCCCAGAGGAGAUAUCUGACAAAAUUUUGUUCAUUGUCAACAACCUCGCGCCCAGCAACCAUUAA